AUGUCUACAAAAUUCUUUAUCAUAUUUCAAUUCUUCAUCCAAAUAGCAGUUUUACAAAAACCAUUUUCCCUUAAAACUGACGACAAUGGGAAUUACUUUCUGUACGUCGAUGGGAACUUGUGGCUGGGAAGUGCACCGACGUUUUUCCGAGACAGCGGUCAGCUUUUCUCUGCAGGAGAUGGUUCGCUCAAGCUAUUCUAUACUGGGAACGAGGUAGGAGUCGACAAACUGGGGAAUUUUUCUACCAGAGAUUAUCUGUACCGGGCUGGAAAGAAGGAAAUGUUCGUAUCUAUUAGACAUUACGACGACCCAAAUUUCCUUGUUUUUGUGCAGAAUUACACAGAUGGAGGAAAUGGUACAAAAGCAGAAUCUUUUGAUGAAAUUAUUUCUGGAUUUCCGGGAUUCCGAAUUGAGGACGGUGUUGUUGACAGAGGUUACUUGUCAUUUGGUGGAUAUAUGUUAGGAGAUACAAAUAAAAUCAUCGGAAAAUGGGGAAAUAAGACGAAGGAAAUUAGGGAUGGUCUUACUGGAGGACCACUUGUUAUUUUUGAUAAGGAGGCUAACACUUUGAUUAUCUCCCCUUUAACUGAAUUUAUGGUAGCCUCGAACUGGCACGACAAGGAAGUCGGCGGAAACAUCUACUGGGGCAUUAUGGGAGGUGUAGACACAGUUCCACACCAUUAUACCUACUUGACAAUAGUGUAUUACGCUAAAGGAAUAAAUAAGGCCUUCGACGGAUGGGGUAAAGCUUUGAAAAAAAUGUAUGGCAGUAAGGAGAACUCCUUGGCACAAGAUCUUACCCUUCAUAGAGCCGGAUAUUGGACAGACAACGGAGCAUAUUACUAUUACAAGACAGAGCCAAUGAAGACUUAUGAAGAAACAAUGAUGAAUCUAAUAAAUAAGACAGUAAAUACCUUCAAUUAUUUCCAGUUUGACUCUUGGUGGUAUUACAAAGGAUUGUCAGGUGGUGUUAAGUUAUGGGAACCACGCCCUGACGUCUUUCCUCACGGAUUUGGAUAUUUCUACAACCACACAUAUUCCUUAUUAGCUCUUCAUAAUCGAUACUGGUCUAAAGACACAACUUAUGCUAAACAGAAUGGUGGUCACUACGAUUUUAUUGUUGAGAAGUCGGGUGCUUUGCCUAUAGACCAGAAAUUCUGGAACGAUCUUUUGAAUAAGACUUUAACGUGGGGACUUGUAAUGUAUGAACAGGAUUGGUUAAACGUUCAGUUUAACAGAAUAACCGCCCUGAAGACGAACCUGACCUUGGGAGAGAUGUGGCUUACACAGAUGAACAUAGCAGCAAAGGCUAAUAAUGUCGUCAUCCAGUACUGCAUGGCAAACCCCCGACAUGCUUUACAAUCUCUCACCCUCUCACAAGUCACUCAAGCACGUGCAAGUGAUGACUAUUCACCUGGAGGUGAACAAUGGCGGAUUGGUGUUUCCUCACUUUUUGCUCACGCCCUUGGGAUAGCACCAUCAAAAGAUACAUUUUGGACUACAGAAACACAGCCAGGAAAUAGAUACAAAAAGUCGGAGCCCUACACACGCCUGAAUGCUCUGGUGGCUACACUUUCCACUGGUCCUUUUGGUCCAAGUGAUAUGUCAGGUCACAUGGAUUUUGAUCUGAUUAAUAAGACAUGUAUAUAUUAUGGUCAACUGAUGCAACCAACGAAGCCAGCUACUGCUAUGGAUGUUCAAUUCAUAAAGGAAGCAUUUGAAUCGACAAAAAUUGAAGUCUGGUCGACUUACAGUGUUAACAUGUUAAACGACACAGCCUUGCAUUGGGGAACGAUACUGGCAGUAGAUACAGUCGGGGAUGUUGCACUGGAAUACAGUGAUAUGGAAUUUCUGGUUCCAGGAGUGUCAUAUGCUGUCUAUAAUUAUAAUGAUCCAUCGUCAAUUCGAGAAUUUAAAGAAUCAGAAAAGUUAGUUCUUCCAAAUAAUUGUACCAAGACUGAUUUUUGCCUUUACCAUUUUGUUCCAAAAAUGAAUCAUGGUGAUAAUGAGAUCUAUCUCUUAGGAGAUAUAAGUAAAUGGGUACCAGCAUCAAGUGGUAGGAUCAGAUCCAUCGUAUAUCAAGAGGCGGAUCUACUAAUAAACUUGUGGGGAGCGGCGGCGGAGGAAAUCACGAUUCAAUAUAUGCUGAAUGGAGAACUAAAAUCUGGAACCUGUCCAAUUAAAACUACAGGAUUUAACUGUAUUUCUAUGUUGACUGGCAAAUGCGUUUAUUGAAGUUGAAAAUA